AACUUGCGUAGUAGAAACGCACUAUUUUUAGCGCGGUCUACGACGCUCCUGUCCGCAUCACUACCCUUCCUUUCAGGCUAGCUCGUGGUGGAGCCGUGAACAUGAGUACCCUACGUCUACAGAAACGGCUCGCCGCCGCCGUUCUCAAGUGCGGACGCAAGAAGGUUUGGUUGGAUCCUAACGAGACCAACGAAAUCGCCAACUCCAACUCCCGUCAGAACAUUCGCAAGCUCAUCAAGGACGGUCUGAUCAUCCGUAAGCCCGUGGCGGUGCACUCUCGCGCCCGUGUCCGCAAGAAUGCCGAGGCCCGCCGCAAGGGACGUCACUGCGGUCCUGGCAAGAGGAAGGGUACCGCCAACGCUCGUAUGCCCCAGAAGGUUGUCUGGAUCCGGAGAAUGCGAGUGCUCCGGCGACUCCUCAAAAAGUACAGGGAAGCCAAGAAGAUCGACAAGCACCUGUACCAUGACCUGUACUUGAAGGCCAAGGGCAAUGUGUUCAAGAACAAGCGUGUCCUCAUGGAGUACAUCCACAAGAAGAAGGCCGAGAAGACCAGGAACAAGCAGCUCAACGACCAGGCCGAAGCGAGGAGGCUGAAGGUGCGCGAGGCCCGCAACCGGAGGGAGGAGAGGAAGCAGCAGAAGAAGGCCGAGAUGCUGCUCACCCUCCAGAAGGAAGAGGCUGCGGCCGUCAAGAAGUGAAGCUGCCCUGGUAUCCCCUACAUGUAAUAAAAAAAAAAUCCUGGAGUGUGAA